CCUAGUUAGAACUUUGCAACCAAUCAAUUUUCAAGGUUUUUAUAAUAUAUAUUUAUCAAACACCUUUUAUCUUCCAAAAGCUCUACAUCUUCUCUCUAAAGCCAUCAUCUUAGUUUUGGUGUCUGCCUGGUUGUUGGUCGACGGUCAAAGUCUAUUUUGUGCUUCCCCUAAAGAUCGAUCUUAAGACUUCAUCAUCAUGAGAGUGUUUCUAGGUCUCUUGCUUCUCUUGGCCUUGACCACAUCUUCAAGUGCAAUUUACUGUCUCUGCAAAGAUGGAAUAGGAGAGAAAGAGCUCCAAACAGCAAUAGACUAUGCAUGUGGAAGCUUAGCAGAUUGCAACCCAAUCCAUGAUAACGGUCCUUGUUACCAACCAAACACCAUCAAAAGCCACUGUGAUUGGGCUGUUAACAGCUACUUUCAGAAAGCAGCUCAGGUCUCUGGAAGCUGUAAUUUCUCCGGAACUGCCGCUACAAGUCAAAACCCACCUUCCAAUUUGGUUACUGGUUGCAUAUAUCCUUCAAGUGCAUCAACAACAUCACCAACGGGAACAACUCUGACAAACGGAACUACUCCUGCGUUUGGUCCAACCGGAACCGGAGGCUUUCAAGGAAAUGGUGCUUCCAGUUUGAUCAUUUCCCCUGUUCUAACACUCUGUUUCUCAUCAUCACUAGUGUUUCUAUGGGGUUCUGAUGUAAGGCUGGGAUUUAGCCACGUGUAGAGAGACAAGGAAAUCCACUUAUAUGGGUUCGUUUUUUAUUCUCUUUUGGGUGGAGAAAAGAAGCUUAGUUGUUUGUUGUGGUUUUUUUCUCUGUUCUUUCAUAAAAUAUGUGAAGGUUGGUCUUACAAUAAGACUCUUAUUGGAGCCUUGAGUUAAGAAAAACCUUACAAAUUUUAGUAAAGAAUAGUCAACAGCAACAUUGCCAACUCGUGGGUUGUUUAAAAAUAUCAUUUUAAUACUAGUAUGCAAAAUGAUUUUUUUGAUCAA